AUGAAUCAACAACAUACAUCCCUUGUCCAACCAUCAUCAUCAUCCAACAACAUGAUGAAUGUUUCAAAUACAUUGCAUCAAAUGGAUGAUGAUGAAGAUUUUCUUUUCCUUUCAUCUUCUUCUCAACAUCAACAACACCAUCAAAUACCUCUCUCAAGAGAAUUCUCUUCCAUCAUCACGAAUCGAAGAAAUAGUACAGUGGUGGAUGAUCCAUCACAUCCAUCAUCAUCACACCACCAUCCAUCCAUGAUGAAUUCCAUAUCUUCAUCAUUAUCCUCAUCAUCUUCACUACCCAGCACGAAAAGUCAAGGCGUAUUCCUUCAACAACCGAAUCAACCGAAUCAACCGAAUACAGUUAUGGAUGAAACCUCUUGUCUUCUGAUCAAGUCUCAUUCUAUGAAUUCAUAUUCACAUCAUCCAAACAAUAAUCAUCAUCCAAUGACCACCACCACCAAUCAUACCAACAACAACCAUACAACCACUACUCAUACCACCGCCACUACUACCACUACGAAUCAUUUUCAUUAUCAUCCUUCACAUCAAACCUCUCAUCCCAGUCAUUCAUUGAAUAUUACGACACUUCUGGAUGAUGAUCAUUGUGGACCUCUCUUUGCUCCAUCUUCACAACAACAACAACAUGCUCUCAACUCUGGACAACAUUUAAAUCACAACAAUCUUCAUUCAAAUAGUAAUCAAACUCAAUUAUUACUUUCACAAGUCACAUCAAUUCGGAAAUGGAAAUGGUCAUUUUGUUUAACAAGUACCGUUGUGAUUAUGAUGUCAAUAUCAUUUUCAAUUUUAUUAUUAUAUAAUUUAUUAUUUUCUCAACCCUAUGUCUAUAUUAAUCAAAUACAAAUUAAUCAAUUACCAAUUAUAGAUCGAACUGUAGGAUUUAAUAUCAUUCUUAAUGCUAAUAAUCCAAGUAUAUUAUCCAUUGAUAUUUAUUCAAUCUUGUUAAAUAUUAAAUUAUUUGAUAGUCAAAAGAGUGUUUAUUAUGAUAUUGAAACACCUCUUUCAUUUACUUUUCAAAACAUCACCAUGAUUGAUUCACUUUCCACUUCACAACCCAUUUCAUUUUCUUCUAAGAUAUAUAUUGGAAAUAAUCCUAAUUUUAUUCAAUUAUUAGAUUUAUUUGCUCGUAAUAUUUAUAUUGGAAUUGAAGUGAGUGGAAAGAUUGGAAUGUAUGUGUUUGGAGGUGUAUUUUAUCAUUCUCAACCUGUGAAAAAAACUCAACAAUACUUGUUAACGAGUGGGAGUGUUAUUGGUAUGGGUAUGGGUGAGAGUGGUAUUGGAUGA